AUGAAACGAAGAAUCACCUUCAUCCAGCGCGUCGAUGCCGGCUUUGACCCCCAGCAAGCUGUGCUAACCGCAUCAUCCCUCUCCGUCCGCGGCCUGGACGCCGCGCGGGAGGACCGCAUUACGGUCGGACUGCACGAACUUCCAGAGGAGUUGCGUGCUGUCCUCGAGCAAUCUCAUGAGCUCCACCUCCGCUGGGCCUCCGAGAGGUCUUUUGAUGCUGUCGUGCCAUUCAGUAGCCGGGUUUCGCCUGGUCUCCAUGUGCAUUAUACUCCGCUCCAGCCGGAAUCAUCUUCGGAGGCAUUGUGCACGCUGCUCCGCACGGUAGUCGCGCCCAACAAAGACGCUCAAUAUAAGGAUUGUUUGAAACAGGAGGAUUCGUUCAUUAUCCCCCCGCUUCUCUCGACACGAUUCGCUUCCUCGGCCUCUCUACAAUAUUACACCCACCUCCCUUCGAUCCAGCCUCUAGUCAAUUAUAUUCAGAACACUGUCUGUGACCAGAGUCGUACAGAUGGCCCCGAGUGCCACACCCGGGCCGAUGCUCUCCUCUCUGCGGACUCGGUCGAUGUCGACUAUGACAGUGUUUCACACGCUUUAACUGUGUCUGGGCUCUGGACCAGUCCACCGACAGGCGGUUGGACGGAUCAGUUUCAGAAGCCAGCAUCCGCUGCCGAUCAAGUGGAGUUCGGUCUCUUGGGCGCCGACGCAGGGCUUGAGCCAGAGGAUAUCAAGAUGGGCGGGCUGUUAGCGGUUGUCGGGCAGGACAAGAAGCUAAAACCAACCAUGUUCUCAUUCCCCUCCCGCCACCAACCUCUGACUGAACCAUCGAGCUACGCCGUCUCCUUCGCUCCCCCAACUGGUCUCCAUCCAACAAUGUCCAUAUCCAUGCCCCGAUCAUCCCUUAAACGACCCCCAGCACCCAGCGACGCAACCUGCGCUCUACACACAUACCUCACACUCCCCUCCGUCAUAUUCGGAGAUCAAUACCAGCUCGCAACAACAGAUCCACUCUUCCUAGAGUCACACAAUCUCGUAGGCCUGCGUGCCUUAGCAGGCGAAAUGGAUCUUGAAGCCCCAGACUGGGUUGUACAGCGCUGGGGCUCAAACUGGCUUCUUGAACUAGCAACCCCCCUAGAAGCCGAGGACGUGGCCAGCACACCAGACCCCUCAAAUUGGACUGCCACUAUUCCUCUACACCUGCGCUACCUGCCACCCUCCGAAACAGGACACUGCACUGCCCACAUUCCAUGGCCUGUCGUCUUCUGGGCCUGUACUACCGAGGACGACACGAAGAUGGGUGUGAACCCCUUCGACCGCACAAAUCUCGGCUGGGACGGCUUGUUCGGUCCGCGGACCCUAUUCUACCAGCUUCAGCCUGCGAGUGACCGUCUUGUUGAGGAGAUCGAUGUGCCGGUUCUACGACUUGAGGGCGAGGAUGGCUACUUCCAGGGUAAGUAUAUCGAGUUUGGCACUUGUGUGGUUAUCUCUCUUGGGUUCAUGUGGGUGCUUUGGCGGCUUGCUCGUGUUGCUUGGUCGUCUGGAGUAGGAAAUAAACGGGCUGAGACUGCGCAUGACAAGAAAGAAUGA